GGACAUUUCACAACGAACGCUCCUCUGCCGCGUAUACGCGCGCGCUAGCCAAAUCACACGUUGCAACGCGCCGCCGCAGCCGUUUCUGCACGCGUGGCAAAAGAGCAGGGGCGCAGCGCCGUCCCGCGGCGAGAACAGGCAGCACAUCAGCAGCGCCGCCGCGCACGCCAAAAAGACCAAGCAUGGGCGUCGACGACAUCCUCGACGGCGCCCGCGCCGACCUCCAGGCGGAGGAGCGACGCUGGAACGAGCGCCUCGAGCGCGAAAAGGGCCGCAGAAAGCGAGCCGAGGCCGCCCUCGAGGAGCGGCCCACGGCGGCCGAGCUCGAGGAGGCCAAUGAACGCGCCUCGAGGCUCGAGCGCGAGGUCGCGCGGCUCCGCGGCGCGCGCGACGGGUCGCCGUCGCCCUCGGACGCGCGGCGUUUAGAAAGAGAGAACGCGGAACUGCGACGAGAGAACGACGGCCUCCGCGCGGACGUCGCGGCGCGGGACUCGGAGGUCGCGCGGCGCAAGGACCAGAAGCGCGAGCUCCAGGCCGCGUACCGCGAUAAAGUAAACGAGGCCGACGCGCUCGGAGCAGCCCUCGCAAGGGUAACGCCGGCGCUGCACGCCGCGCUGGCGAACCAGCCCGCGGCGCGCGUCGACGCGGCGCGGCUCGCGGCGGACGUCGCGGACCACCUCAACGCCGCGCGGGGCGCGAAGACGCCGCGCGGUCCCCCGCCGAAGACGCCGCGCGUCGUUUCUGCUGAUCCAGCCGCGGCGACGACCAAGAAGCGGCGCCGCGCGGACGACACGAGUUCGCGGCGGCGGCGCGACGACGACACAAGUUCGCGGCGGCGGCGCGACGAUUCGAGCCGCAGCAGGCGCCGCGACGGCGAGUCGAGCCGCUCGCGGCGGCGCCGCGACGACGGCGACCGCGAGCCGCGCGCGGCGCUCUGGCCCGAGAACGGCGCCGCGGCCGAGCGCCGGUCGCGCCGCGAGGACAAGCCGGCCUCGGCGCGCCGGCCGGAGCGGCACAGCAUCGGCGCGCCGGCCCUGGACCGCGCGGCCCUGCAGCGCGGCCGGGCGCCCGCGGCCCGCCGCUCCGACGAAGGAACGAAGCGCCGGCGCCGGGACGACGCGGCGGCCCCGGCCCCGGCGCCGGCGCCCUCCAUGUCCAUCAGCGAGUCCUGGGACCCGUCGCAGGAGGAGGAGGAGGCGCCGGCGGCGCCGCCGCCGACGCCCGCCGAGGCGCCGGCGCCGGCGCCCGCGCCGAGCAUGCGCGAGCCCGGCGGCUUCGCCUACCAGUCCGUCGUGCGCAAGAAGUGCGAGCGCGCGAAGAUGCCCGGCCACUUCUGCGACCAGUGCCAGGGCUUCAUCGACGCGACGAAGGACCAGCUCAGCGACGCGGACGUCAAGAAGCUCCAGGACGAGUGCUCGCGCCACAAGGCCUACCACCCGCCGCCCGGGACGCCCGAGGGCUUCUGGGAGCUGUCCUUCAUGGACUCGCAGGAGAAGCGGAAGCAGGACUCGCUCGACGCCUUCUAGUCUGUAAGUUGUGUACACG